GGAAUUCUUUGCCUGCCGCUUCUCUCCUGCACAGCCAUCCACCCGCGGUCUUCUCAGCCACGCAGUCACCGAAGGUCUUCUAGACGGGCGCAUUUCAGGGGAGAAUUAGCAGACAGGAGAGAGUUUGCAAUCAAUCUUGCCACGAUGGAAGUGCCCAGUACGCACACAGGCGCCCUGUAAACUUACAAAGCCUCAAUAUUUGAAGUUCGCCCUUCAAAGAUCUUAUCUUAGCUAUGGCAACAUUUCCAGCAAGCAUGACCUGUGGAACCAUAAUUGUCAUCCCCUCUAAUGGAGCGGCCCCUGGAUUGCCCUGUGUUGCUCUUCAGGCAUCUGGAGCAACUCCAUAUCCUCAGUAUGGAGUUCAGCAACUUGGAAUUUCCACCAGUGCUCCUCAACAAGUCCCCCAGAAGGGUCCUAUGGAGAGAUUCCUCAGUGCUGAGACCAAAGUGCUUGGGGCCGUCCAGAUCAUGAUUGGAUUGAUCCACAUUGGCUUUGGGGCUGUCGCAAUUUGUCUCUAUCCUUACGAUCUUACCGUGUCUGGAACUGGAGGUUACCCCUUUUGGGGAGGGAUAUUUUUCAUUUCUUCUGGAUCACUUUGUGUAGCAGCUGCAAACCGUCCAAAUCAGGAUUUGGUGAAAUCUAGUGUAGGAUUGAACAUCACAAGUGCUAUAAUGGCAGUAGUUGGUAUCAUCCUGUAUCUGUGUGAGAUGACCAUCAGUACUAUUUCUUUGAUGGCUGGCCAGGGAUAUCUCAAUGGAGGUAUAGUGAAUGUCGGUUAUGGCCUCUCCAUUGUGCUGCUCUUGUUCAGCCUGUUGGAAUUUUGCAUUGCUGUUUCCCUUGCACACUUCGGGUGCCAGGCAACUUGCUGUUCUGAUGCCCAGCCAACCAUGCAUUUUGUGCCUUACCAAGUCAUCGAAGAUGGAGCAGUCACACCUGAACCAAAUCCUUCUCCUCCUCCACCGACUUAUGAUAACGUGUUUACCAAAUCUCUGUAAAACAAGAAAGAAAUGUGAGAAGUGUUGCAGAAGAGGUUUCAGGAGAAGCAAUGUGUUACCUUGUUUUGUCCUCCAGCUUCCUUGUUUGUUUUUCAGUUACAACCUUUAAACAUCAAAUUAAAUGGUGGCAAAUUUAAAAGUUCUUCUAGUUUACUUAAUAGCUAGAACACUUCUCAAGAAGCAAGAAUUUGUGCUGCAAAUCAUCAGCGUAUUUAUGAGGAAGUCGAUUUCCUACACUGGAUGAUGGAAGCUGUUUAUUACACUUAUGUUCAUAUUCUAGAUGGGUUUUUUUAAUGACAAAUAUGGAAUUAAGUAGGAGAUCUGAUGUUACAGAAAAGAAAAACAGCUACUAAAAUUAAAACACUAUUAAUAAAACAUAUCAUUGAUACAAUACCUGUAGUUGUCUACUUAUGACUGCAAUUUGGACCAGACCAUCCAUAGCUCAAUGAGGCAGUUAAGUGAAUUGUGCCCGAUAUAUGAACCAAAUCCUCCUCCUUCUCCACCAACCUAUGAUAAAGUGGUUACUGAAUCUCAGUAAAACAAAAAGGAAACGUGAGAAUUGUUGGCAACAGAGGCUUCAGGAGAAGCAAUGUAUUUCAUAUUCCUUUAUUUUGUCCUCCAGCUUGCUUGUUUAUUUUUCAGUUACAGCCUUUAAACAAUAAAUGAAAUGAUGGCAAAUUUUAAAA